AUGUCAUUUGAUCCUUUAUUUCAAGAAGAUUUUUGGAUCACCCUGGCAGUGUUUCACCGGUGUUUGGUUGCGCUCAGUAUUCAGCUUUCGGAAGCUGAAAAUGUUAUAAAAUGUACGACUUCACAGAUUGUUAAACCUUCGCCAACUUUUGAAACAGAGCAACAGCGGAAAACCGAGGAGAAAACAGUUGUGAGAUUAGUAUCAUUAGAGAGCGGUUCACGUAUUCCACUACCACAAAUGGAGAGUCCAAGAUGCUCCGUUGGAGGCGCCUUCAUCGAUGGGAAAAUCAUUGUUUGUGGUGGUUAUGAUCGUGGGAAGUGUUUGGAGUCAGUGGAAGAAUAUAAUUUAUUGAAGGGUACUUGGCGUCGUUUAGCUGACAUGGCACAGUGCCGAGGUCGUUUCGAUGCAGCUGUUGUGGGAAACAAAGUUUACGCUAUUGCUGGCAGUAGCGGAAGUGUCGAUUUGAAAACAGUGGAAUGUUAUGACUCAGAAAUCGAAAAAUGGUCGCUGGUCGUUUUGGAUGAAUGCGAGAGAUAUAAUCCCGAAUUAGAUGAAUGGACGUCAAUAGCGCCGCUGCGAACGGCGCGUUUCCAGGCUGGUUGUACUUCAUGGCAUGGCCUCGUGAUUGUUUGUGGAGGAUGCAACGGUUGGAAAUGUCUGGACUCAGUUGAUGCUUACAAUCCGAAGACGGGAAAAUGGCAAAGAUUAGCUCCUUUGAAAACAGCUAGACGUGGAUCAGCUGUUGCUGUGGUAAAAGAUUCACUGUUUGUUAUUGGCGGUCACGACGGUACGCAUUCGUUGAAUUCAGUAGAAAUCUUGGAUGAUCCAACUGGAGAAUGGCGUUCAGGUCCAUCACUCAUUAUCCCACGUGCCAAUGUCAAAGCUGCAGUAGCUUCGGGUGGUGAAAUAUAUCUUCUGGGCGGCUUCGAUGGAACACAAUUUCUUUCGUCUAUUGAAGUGCUCAGCAGUGGUUCGGGACUUUUGUUUUAUGGGAAAUUUUUAUUAGAUAACCUGAGAUUUUUACCAACAAUCUUAUGGAAUGAAUUUGGCCGAUUUUAA